AUGGAACAGGAGCUGGCGACGAUGAUGGCCCCCUUAGCCGGGGCCGUCGACGGAAUUCUUUGUGGUCACAGUGGCAUUCCGUUUUCGCGCCUGAUACCCAGCAGCGAGCAGGGAGAUACGCGACUCUGGCUGAAUGCUGGAGUCAUCGGCAUGCCGGCGAACGACGGCACCCGGCGCGUUUGGUACGCUCUGUUGGAGCCUUCUCCAGAUGGCUUGAAGAUCAGUUUGCGAUCCUUCAAAUAUGAUGCGGAAGGAGCCGCCAACUCGAUUCUCGCCCACACGAACUUGGUGCGGGGAUACGCUGACGCUCUGAAGACAGGCAUUUGGCCGUCGCAC